UUUGCUGCACCACUGCCUAAGCGCCUCUUCCACUUCCUUGGUUCUCAGUUUGUUUCCUGAGAAUUCUCACUAGAAAGUAGGAAUUAGGGAGACAUGGGUCUAGUAGGUAAGCUUGAAGCUGAAAUUCUGAUCCUGGCUCCUGCUGAUAAGUUUCAUGAGGUUUGGGGAGGCAGGCCUCACCACAUGUCCAGUGUCUCCCCUGGAAAGAUUCAGAAAGUUGACCUGCACGAGGGUGACUGGGGCACUGUCGGCUCUGUCAUCGAGUGGAGCUACGUUAUUGAUGGGAAAAAUCAUGUUGCUAAGGAGAUUGUGGAAGCUAUAGACAAGGAAAAUAAAGCGGUUACAUUUAAAGUCAUUGAAGGAGAUCUCUUGAAGGAAUACAAAUCCUUCAAAGCUAUUGUCCAAACUAUUUCAAAAGGUGAAACCACUUGGGUGCGUUGGACUUUCGAGUAUGAGAAGCUCAACAAAGAAAUCUCUACUCCUGUUAAAUUGCUUGGAUUUGUAAUUCAUAUGAAUGAAGAACUAGAUGACCACCUUAUUCAGGCAUAAACAUAAGUUGUCAUAGUUUGGUGCUACUUGAUGGUUUCUCAUAUAAAUAAUGUUAAUAUUGUGUGUCAUGUGUGAGAUGAAUGAUCUAUAGCUCAAUCGUGUUUUAGUCAUGUAUUCAAGUGUGGGAAGGUUUCUAGUUUUUGAAAUAUUUUAUUAUUACAAAUUGUUUAUUUGCUUACCAUUUAGUGAGAGAAAAGUUUGGUUUGGUUUGUC